CAUGACAAGAUGUCAAAAGAUCAAUCCGAGAGUAUGGUGAGUUGUGUUUGGUGCAGCACGCAUAAACAGAAGUCUAAUUAAACAAAUGAAGCGGAAUAGUGCACGCGAAGUAACAUGCAUGUGUGUAGUGAAGUGCAGCAGUGUCCAGUUAAGUUUGGACUCAGCUCGUUCGACAGAUCCACCAUAUCACACAUCCCCCGCUUCAAUCACGAGCAGAGAUUACAGGCCGGCGGCGCUUCUUAGAUAGUGUGCAUGCAACUUUACGUCAAACGUCAUUCAUUCAAAUCACAAUUUGUUUACGUCCUGUUUCUACGUGGGUUCAAUUGUUAUUAACGCUUUAAAAGGUAUGUAUCAGUUAUCCGAUUCAGACACAACGGAUUCUGACGACGGGGUACGCUUUAAGACAGCAACAACUCGAGAUAAACACAAAUCGACUCAAUCUAAAGACAAACAGAGGAAACCAAGUCGAAGUAGAAGUAAGAGUCCGAAUCGAUACCGCCAUAGACCUCGGGCUCGCAGCAGAUCACGCUCGAAAAGUCCAAGAAGACCGUCUAGUUCGCAAAAACACAGAUUAUCUUCUCGUCGUUCUAGAUCUAGGAGUAAUGAUCGCCAUAGAAGAUCUAAUAGAAGUAAGGAGUCUAGAAGGAGCAAUGACACUAGCAAAAGAACACGAUCCAGGAGUAAAGAAAGACUCAGAAGCGUAAAACCGGUGCCUUCGUCGUCCUUGAAAGGUAGUCAAACAUCUUUAGAUGAUUCUACUAAAGAAGAUAUUCUGAAUACUGUAUGUGAACGUAAUGUACAAAAAUCUGUUGAUGGUGAUAAAAGUAAUUUAAAUGAUGAUUUAAUGGAUGUUGAUGUAAUGGAAGUCUGUGGUCCUGCAUUACCACAAAAAAGCGAAAUUAGUGUAAAUAUUUGUGGACCAGCGUUACCGCCACAUUUGAUGAAGUCUUCAGCCACUGAAAUUUGUACAAAAACUGAAAAGAAUGGUGAUAUUAAAGAUGUAAAUGCAAGCGUUGAAAGGGCAUGUGGUCCAGCAUUACCUCCCAAAUCUGAGAAUACUGAAACUGUUUGUGGUCCAGCACUACCACCACAUUUACUCAAAAAGAACGCUUCGGCAACAGAAACUGAAAACAUUACCUCAACAAAAGAGGAGAGAUCAAUAGGACCUUUUAUACCCGAACAUUUACGAAAGCAACUUGCUGAUCAAAGUCCAACUAAUGUAGAAAAUAAAGAGGAAAAUGAAGAAGUAGAGUACGACGAAGUCCAUAGUGACGAUGAUGAUGAUGAUUGUUAUGGUCCUCUGCCACCUGAGAUGCAACAAAAAUCAAGAGCACACUUGGCCCUUGAAGAACGCGCUUUACAGAUGAAACUUGACCAGUUAACACCUCAAGCUGCAGAUGAACCAGGCCGUGAAGAAUGGAUGAUUGAAUUGCCUACAGUACAAGCAACAAAUUUAGGGUUGGGACCACGCCAGUUCAGAGCCAAACCCGGACCUGAUAUGUCCGACAGAUCUUCAUGGACGGAUACGCCUAAUGACAAAAAGAAAAAAUCGACCAAAGCGGAAAAAGCUGUUGAUCUACAAAGAGAAGCCGAAAUUAAUGCAAUGCAAAAACGCGACGAGGAGCAGGAAGCAAUGGUCAAGAAGGCAAAGAAGAAAAACAAACGUGAUAAGAGUUUGAUGGAGCAACAUCAAGAAAAAUUAAAUGCAAAGAAAAAGGCUGAUAAAGAAAAGGGUGCGUCUGUUCGACGUCCAUUUAACCGAGAUACUGACCUCAAAGUUAAUCAGUUCGAUGACGCCCAGAAGAAAGCAAUGAUGAAAAAGGCGCAUUUAUUAGACGAUAGAUUCUCGCAUGGACAGACGAAGUACUUAUGAGUUUUGCAAUUAGCUUACUCUUAGACCAAUCGCUGAAUUGACAUGAGCACAGAGGAUUUCAACUCCACGAUUGGCAUUGAACGCUGGUAGGGCUAGGCACAUCUCUUUGCACUUGGCCUCAUCGCAGUUAAAGUUUGGCAUUGCUGUCUGAUAAUACAGAGGGGUUUCGACACUCUUCUUCGGCGACUUGAAGGCACCACAUUCACAACGAUCGUUGGUUCUGGACAUAUGAUAAAUCAUAGUGUCAGUACCUGGUUGCUUUGGGGCAACGUGGGCUUCGGUGGUUUCCAUGGGCAUUGGUGUUGUUGUAGGUAUGGGUUUCUUUGGACGUCUUGCAGCGGUACAUCCAUGACUUUCAUACAAACAGGAAUUUAUUUAAUAUUUGUGAAUUAUAAUUAAAUGAAGACAUAAUUACCACAUAACAAGAACGAUGAUCAGAAGAACUGCAGUUACACGUGUGGCAGCCAUUUUAUGACUUUGUUUUGUUCACAGCGAACACAAACUAAGUGCGAAUCCAGGUUUUUAAACAAUUUAUAGGCGCGCAUUAUUCAUCUUUAGGAAUUUGUUUAAUCAAUACGAUGAGUAAAAAUCUUAACAAUACAAAA